AUGGGGCUGGUGGUGGGACACGGGAUUGGAACUCAUUCAGAGACAUUCAAUGUCCGUUCAGUAGAGCUUGAGGAAUAUCAUCUGGUUGCAAAGAGUUGCAAAGUUGACCCAGCUAAAAAACAGCACCCAACAGGGGGUGCUGUCAUUGCGGGUGCGUUGAAGAAGACCACCAGCCUGGUGGGAUUGGCAGUGUGCAACACCCCACAUGAGAGGCUAACAAUAUUGUAUACAAAGAUUCUUGAUAUUCUGAAGCAGAUCCUUAAACAUGCAGCCUAUAGAAAAUAGACAGAACAGAUCACCAAUGAGAAGCUGGAUAUGGUCAAGGCGGAACCAGAUGUUAAAAAAUUAGAAAACUUGCCUCAGGGUGGUAAAGUAGAAGAGGUGAUUCUUCAGGCUGAAAAUGAACUAAGUUUGGCAAGGAAGAUGUUGCAGUGGAAUCCAUUGGAGCCACUGGUGGAAGAGCCUCCUAGUAGUACUAAUCUGUGGGAAAUAAAAUAAAAUAAAAAGAUUUUUAAAUUUUUAGCAGAUUCAGGAGAUUUUACUGAUAGUUCUUUGUUGUUGUUGUUGUUUUCCAAAAUAGGGUUUCUCUGUAUAGCACUGGUUGUCCUAGAAUUCUGUAAACUGAGCUGGUCUUGAGCUCACAGAGAUCUGCUUGCCUCUGCCUCUUAAGGGCUGGGAUUAAAGGCGUGUUCCACGUUCCACGACACUCUGCUAACUGAUGGUUCUUAACUAGGAAGAAAGAAGAACUAAUGGCCCCUGAUAGUCCUAGUCCAUGGGGAAGGUAGUGGUGCUAGAACACGAGCUCUGCAGAGGAACAGUUUCCCUGCUGUGUUCCUUUAGUGUUUCCCACAAUAGCCAGUGUGCAUGAGCAUUCAGAAAAUAUUGGUGGAUUGAGUUAAGUCCCUAAAAGUCACUUCUCUAACAAGAAGCUAAUGACAGGACUUCUGGAGUACAGAGAUUGUGACCAUGUCUUCUUCAGUCAGAAUCUUUCUAAUUUAGUGUUCCCACCUGGAACCGUGUUGUAUUGUGAUAUUUACUCCCUGGGAAAAAUGACUACUCUCCAGAGAGGUUUCUCACCCAUAGGACAUCUGACAAGAAAUCGAGCACUUAACAAAACCACAUUCUGAAACUUGAAAUAACUUUACAUUCCCUUUCUCUCCCUCUAGCCUGUUAUCUGAGACUCUAAUGACAAAUCCAAGCUAUUACUCUUGAGAUUUAUUGGAAGGGUCCAGAGCAGUAGAGGAGGAGUGUGGAAGAUAGGCCUUCCU